AUGGAUGAUUAUAUAGGGUUAAAAGUUGCAAUACCUGGUGCUUCAGGAUACGGAAUAAUACGAUAUUAUGGUUCAAUAAGAAAUAAAAUUGGUACAUUUGUCGGAAUUGAAUUAUUAGGGCAAUUGGCUUUAACAAGAGGUAAAAAUUCAGGUUCAGUUGAUGGUAUACAAUAUUUUACAGUUGAAAUACCUAAAAGUGGGUUAUUCUUACCGUUUGAAAGAUUAAAAAGUGUUAAUCCACAAUUGGAAAACUUGUCUUCAUUACAGCAACAACCGUCAUCAUUUCAGCAAAAUCAAGUUCAAAUUCAAGAGUUUAAAACACCAGAAAGAAAACCAUUGACUACCUAUUCAAAUGCAAGAAUGAAUAUGCUUAAUGAGAACAUUCUGAAAAGUGAAGAUAUGAAAGAUAUCGAAAUAAAUGAAUUAAAGAGAAUAAUUAAAGAAAAGGAUAAGAAAUUGGAAAAUUUUAAUAUUCAAAGACAAGAAUGGAGAGCCGCAAUGGAUGAAUUAGUCAAUGUACAAACUGAAGGAAUGACAAUUUAUGAAGAAAAAGUUAGCGAAUUUGAAAUGGAAAUUGAAAAAUUGAAUAAUACUAUAAAAGAAAAAGAUGCAAAAUUGAAAGAAUUUGAAGAAGUUCAAUUAAAUGAUAAAAUUAAUAAUAUAAAUUUGGAUGAAGUGGAAGAAUUGAAGAAAGAAUUGGAUAAACGACCUAAAUUGGAAGAUUUUAAAGAGUUGCAACAGUCAUUAGAUGAAAUUGAAGCAAUGUAUAAAACCCAAUUACACGAAAAAGAUGAACAGAUUAAAGAGUUGACGAACAAAUUAAAUGAAGAGAAACCAAGUAUACCCGUAAAUGAAGAAUCAAAGCAACAACCUCUCUCAUUACCAAUUUAUACACCUCCAGUUUUAACAGAUCCAAGUUUUGGUAAAAAUGAUUGGUGUGGAUUAUGUGAACGUGAUGGUCAUAGUAGUAUAAAUUGUCCUUAUGAAAAUGAUAUCUUUUAA